CAACAAGAAGUUAUGUCAAUGAGCAGUAAAUACUACAUACCGUUGUAGUGACCGGGUCAUCUUUUUUUUAUGGACUGUCUCUCUGAGGGUCUUGUCGCCGCCGUUUGUCGGGACCGUAUCAGCAUCCGGGUCAUCGUCGUUUGGUUUUAAUGGUUGUCGUGACGUAUUUGGCUUUGACAGUCAACUUGCUUCAAGUACACUGUCAAGAUACAAAACUCAAACAACUAUACUAGCAACUUAAUUUCCAUCACAGAGAUGUCGUUCGUGGCUGGCUCUCUCGCUGGUGCACUUGUGAUGGGUGGUAUUUACCAUGGGUUUUCGAACUUGGUGCAAACCAGGACUGCCCAGCACCGUGCCGACAUUCAUAUGCUCUCGGAGCGUAUCGCUAACGCCUCGACUACAAUUCCCUCUCCUCCGCCUGCAUCCGUGCGUAUAACGCAUCAUCCGUUAACAUCGCUCAUUCAGUCCAAAUGGAACGAUGAGGUUGCUGGUUUAUUCGGAACUGCUUGGCGGUGGGAGCAGCGUGCAGUAGAGUUGGGGAAGAAAGUUCUGUAUGGUGGCGACUCAUGAUACCAAUUGCCCUUAGGCUAGGCAUUAGACUAAUCGAAAGGUGUCAGUUGUCCCUUCUAGGAAUCUUGACGCCAGCAAUUUGCUAUGCACCGCAAA